AUGGAGCGGGCAACAGCCAUAGCAGAGCCCCGGGGACCAGUGGACCAUGGUGUGCAAAUCCGAUUCAUCACAGAGUCAACUGAUAAUACACAAUCAGCCUCCCUUCGCCGGGUUGGCCGUCGACCAGCCAAGGACUCUAGAGCUAGUUCUUAUGGUGUAGCAGUGCGGGUGCAAGGCAUUGCUGGGCAACCCUUUGUGGUGCUCAACAGUGGGGAGAAGGGUACUGAUUCCUUUGGGGUACAGAUCAAGGGAAAUGGCAGCAGAGGAGCCCCUGAUUCAUUGAGCUCAGACUCAGAGCUUCCUGAGAAUCCAUAUGGCUCACCUCGGAGGUUUGUGGGCUCCUAUUCCCAGGGCAGUACUUCUGAUGAGGAACUUGGGACUGGGCAAAAGGACAAGCUUCAACGUUCCCAAUCUCACGCCUCCCUGUUGAAUUCUGCUCCUGUGGGCCCACGUGUCCUAACUGGCAGCCUAUUAGAAUUAACCCCUUCAAUUGGUUCCUCUGGGAAUGUCAUUGACACAGCACCCCUGUCCUCAGUGGACUCACUCAUUUGCAAGUUUGACCGCCAGGGGGCCCAAACAAGGGGUCGGUCUGGCUGCCGUGGGAGAAUCCUCUCUCCUGACCGUCGAAAGCGGAGUCAGAGUUUAGAUAGCCGAGUACCUCGAAAUACGGCGGAAGAACGCGAACGUGAGCAAGAGCAUGAACGGGACUUCAGCAAUUCCUCAUCCCCUAACUCGAAGCAGACCUGUACGAUAAGUGGUUUAAAUCAGGGUCAGGCACCAUCAAAUGCAAUCAGCAAAUCCCGACAGACUCAGGAAUGGGUGUUGCAGAGCUUUGAGGAGCCCCGGGGGAGGCCCCGGGACCCUAGCUUAAUGCAGUUCAAGUCAACCCCAGACCUUUUGAAGGACCAGCAGGAGGCCACAACCUCUGGCAGUGCUGAUCAUGCUAAAACUACCAUCUAUAAUAUUCUACGGGAGGGGAGUUUGGAAAGCGAGGCAUCUGUGAAGAGGAAGGUCAGCCUGGUGUUGGAACAAAUGCAGGCCCUGGCGGGAAGCUCUUCCAAUGUCUCACAAGCCAUGGCAGUGCAUCGUGGGCUGAUACAGAAGAUAGAAGAGCUCCAGCAAAAGCUGGAUGAGGAGAUGAAGAAACGGCAAAAGCUGGAACUCACUCAUGAACCAUCUCGUCUUGUGCUGGAACGACAGCUCGAGGAGAAGGUGGAAGAGUGCAUGCGACUGCAGGAGAAACUGGAAAAGAAGAAGGCAGAGAUGCAGCGAAGCACCCAGGAGUUCCAGGACAUGAAGCUCCUUCUGGAUCAGGGUGAGCGCCUACGGCGUGGACUUGAAGACCAGCUGAAAGAGAUGCAAGACAGGCUGCGGCAGGGACAGAACCCUGAUGCUGCAAAGGAGACCCUCUUAAAGGACCUGCUAGAGACCAGGGAGUUACUGGAGGAAGUACUAGAGGGGAAACAGAGGCAGGAAGAACAGCUCCGGCAGCGGGAGCGGGAACUGACAGCUCUGAAGGGGGUCCUGAAGGAGGAGGUAGCCUCUCGGGACCAGGAGGUGGAACGUGUCCGGCAGCAGUGCCAACAGGACAUGGAACAGCUGCGCCAAAGUGUGAAAGAUGCCUCCCAAGAUCAGGCCACCCUGGAGGCAGAAAGGCAGAAAGUGUCAACCCUCAUUCGAGGCCUCCAGAGGGAACUCCAAGAGAGUGCUGAGGAGACUGGGCAUUGGCAAGGCAUGUUCCAAAAAAAUAAGGAAGAGCUUCGAGGGACCAAGCAGGAGCUGUUACAGCUUCGGCUGGAGAAGGAAGACCUAGAGGAAGAGCUCAGGGAGCAAAUUGGGGUUCUGCAGAAGGACCUAGAGCAGGCCCGAACCAGUGCUGAGGAUAAUCGUCAGGCUGAGAGCCUUAAGAAGGAAUUGAAGCGGGCACAGGAAGAACUACAGGACCUUCGAGAACAGCAGAGCCAGGAAGCUGCUGGGAAGAAUCGGGAGCGGGAACUGGAGAAGGAGCUAGAAGCCCUCAAGGAAGAGGCUAAGCGGGGAAAGGGGGCUGAGCAGCAGCAGCUCCAACUGCAUAAGAGCCUUCAGCAGCUUCAACAGGACUAUGAAGAGACUGCCAAGGCCAAGGCAAUGGCUGAAGCAGAGGUAACCAUGAUGGGGCAGCGGCGGGCAGCGGUGGAGGCAACGCUACGUGAAACCCAAGAGGAGAACGAUGAGUUCCGGCGUCGAAUCUUGGGCCUGGAACAGCAGCUAAAGGAGGCCCGGAGCUUGGCUGAGGGUGGGGAGGCUGUAGAGGCAAGGCUUCGGGACAAGGUGCAACGGUUGGAGGCGGAGAGACAGCGACUGGAGAAGGCCCUGAGUGCAUCUCAGGAAGAGGAGGACUCACUGGCUGGGGCAAAGCGGAUGCUGGAGGGGCAGCUGGAAGAGGCACAAAGAAGCCUCAUAAGAUUGGGGCAAGAGCAAAAGAUAUUAAACCGAGCCUUAGAGGAGGAAGGGAAGCAACGGGAAGUCCUUCGGCGAAACAAGGCUGAGCUGGAGGACCAAAAACGAUUGUUGGAUAAAACUGUAGAGAAACUUAACAAGGAGAUGGAGAAAAUUGGUGAGGAAUCACAGAGAGCACUGGGGGAGCUACAAGCCCAGCUGGAAGAGUACAAGGAGAAGGCACGUCGUGAUGUGGCAGGUGCCCAGCGCCAGGCCAAGGAGUGGGCCAGUGAGGCCGAGAAGGCAGCUGGAGGGCUGGGCCAGCUGCAGGAUGAGGCCCAGCGGUUACGCCAAGCUCUGCAGGUAUUGCAGGCUGAGCGAGAUACAGCCCUCCUGGACAAAGACCUGCUAGCCCAGAAACUGCAGGGGCUGGAGAAAGAGACUGAAAGCAAAAAACGUUCCCAGGAUGACAAGGUCCGGCAGCUCAAGAACCUAGAGGAGAAGGCCUCACGCCUGGAGGCAGAGCUGGAUGAGGAAAGAAACACUGUGGAGCUGCUGACAGAUCGAGUGAACCGUGCACGAGACCAGAUUGACCAGUUGAGAGCAGAACUACUACAGGAGAGAUCCAGUCGGCAAGACCUAGAAUGUGAUAAAAUCUCUCUGGAGAGACAGAACAAGGACCUGAAGAGUCGACUGGCCAACUUAGAGGGUUUCCAAAAGCCCAGUGCCAGCCUCUCUCAACUGGAGUUCCAGAACCAGGAGCUGCAGGAUCGACUUCAGACUGAAGAGAGGGAGAAGACACUUCUGCAGACCACUAACCGAAAACUGGAACGGAGAGUCAAAGAGCUUUCCAUCCAGAUUGAUGAUGAAAGACAGCAUGUAAAUGACCAGAAGGAUCAGCUGAGCCUUCGAGUUAAGGCCCUGAAGAGACAAGUGGAUGAGGCAGAGGAGGAAAUUGAACGGCUGGAUGGUUUGAGGAAGAAGGCCCAAAGGGAGCUGGAAGAGCAGCAUGAAGUCAAUGAACAGCUGCAGGCCCGAAUAAAGGCACUGGAAAAGGAUUCCCGGCGCAAGGCUACCCGAUCAGCAGCUGAAGCAUCCCUCAAGCAUGAUGGGCUGAGCUCAGAUGAAGAAUUUGACAGUAUCUAUGAUCCCUCAUCCAUUGCAUCACUACUCACUGAGAGUAACCUCCAGACAAGUUCCUGCUAGCCAAUGGUCAGCAAGGAGACAGGCAGCCAAGUUGUAGAAGGCAAUCCAAGGGUCUUGCAUUUUCUCAGAAGCCUGGCUCUUAAUGCUAGCUCCUGCCUCAAGCUGGGAAGUCCGACUUCAGAAUGGAAUGGGAGGAGGAAAUGAAGACCUCCAUCCUGCCUUUGGCUUUUAAGGACCUAAGCAGGCCCUCAUGAAUCAUCUCCAGUAUCUUGGGGAGGAAAACAAGAAUACACUUACCAAUGGCUUGUAAUUUUGUGAUUUUUGUACCUCUGUUCCUUGGGCAAAUCAUACGCCCCUCUUUCCAAUUUUUCUU